AAAAAGUAGUAGUACUACAUGAUUCUACGGCGAAGUGAAGGUUAGACUGUUGAUACGAGCUCGGACCGCAGCCAGCAACGAAGCGUCAAACCAGAACAAUUCUCGACGCAUCAAAACUACAAUCACAUCAUCAAUGGCGCUUCGAUCCGUUUUCGACGCUUCUGUGCUACGGACCGAGUUCGAAAACGCCGGAAUCAACCCUCAAUUCAUCCCUUUGAUUUGGAAGAAUGUUCUGCAGAAUCCCAAUUGUAAAUGGGAUGAAAUUCCGUCAUUGCCUGCUGCUGCUUACCCUCUUCUCAAUUCCAAGUUCUUGCCUUUAUCUUCAACCCUUCACUCUGUUUCUCAUUCUACUGAUGCUGUUACCUCUAAACUUCUCAUUAAGCUCAAGAACGGGGCAUUUGUGGAAGCUGUGAUAAUGAGAUAUGAUAGCCGCCUAGGACAAUAUGGCGGCAAACAGCGUCCUGGGGGUCUAAGGUCAACUCUUUGUGUGUCAUCUCAGGUUGGAUGCAAAAUGGGAUGCACGUUUUGCGCAACUGGGAGCAUGGGAUUCAAAAGUAAUUUAACAACAGGAGAGAUUGUGGAGCAAUUGGUGCAUGCCUCUCGUAUAUCAAAUAUACGUAAUAUUGUUUUUAUGGGGAUGGGGGAGCCAUUGAAUAAUUACUCUGCAUUGGUGGAAGCAAUUCGUGCCAUGACGAGCGCUCCAUUUCACUUGUCACCAAGGAAAAUCACUGUGUCAACGGUGGGAAUUGUGCACGCAAUUAAUAAGCUACACAACGAUCUUCCUAAUCUGAAUCUCGCAGUAUCACUUCAUGCACCAGUUCAGGAUAUACGUUGCCAAAUUAUGCCUGCAGCUCGGGCAUUUCCAUUGGAGAAACUUAUGGCUGCGCUUCAUUUAUACCAAAAAAAUAGUCAGCAGAAAAUAUUUAUCGAGUACAUAAUGCUUGAUGGAGUGAAUGACAAUGAGCUGCAAGCACACCAGCUUGGAAAAUUGCUAGAGACAUUGGAAGUGGUUGUAAAUCUGAUACCUUUCAACCCUGUUGGCAGUACAAGUCAAUUCAAAACGAGCAGUGAAACUAAAGUAAAAAAAUUUCAGAGAAUUCUCAGGGAGACAUAUAACAUCCGGACAACAGUUCGUAAGGAAAUGGGCCAAGAUAUAAAUGGUGCAUGUGGUCAGCUGGUGGUAACUGAACAAGAUAGGCUAUUGGCAGAAAGAAAAGGUCUUAUAACUGACAUUGAAGAUCUUCAUCUUUGAUGAUGUGAGUAAAGCUUUCAAAUUUUGUAUAAUGUGUUCUAUUUCAUUAAAUAGACUUAUAGAAUAUACCUUCUUAGCUUCUCAUUUUAUUUCAUGACAAGAUAUUGUUUGGAUUCAAGUGGUCUUAUCAAAAGAAAUGCAAAAGAAAAGAAAUGCUGGAAGUGUUAGGUAUAAGUCGUAUAACUGCUGUUUUAGUGUCUAAAUGUCUCCUAAAUACUUAGUGAAGGGACAUCUUCUGUAAACCGACAGGCUCUCAUAUACACAAAUAUUACGCUGAGAUUUAAGGGGCCUCUUUUUAUUUGCCCAGUUUCAUAGUGUAGUGUUGAGCUUGCAUGUACAAUUUCUUAGAGUAGCAAAGAGUGGAGAUUGAGAAUUGAAACAGUAUUGACUUCUGUGA